AGAGUCAUAAUGCUAGCAUACUAUGGGCCUUUUAAAGUGUUGCGAGGAGGGCGCUUUGGGGGCAUGCGCAGUGCAACGCUUUGAGUCCCAGGAAGUAUUGGCAGAAACCGCCGAGCACUGAUGCUGCGGCUGCUUUUCAAACUUCAGGCUCCUACACCUUUUAAGUACAGUGCUGAUCCUCCUGCAACAUGAGUGUACCUGCACAAAACUACAUUUAUACUUCUCUUGAUCAGCUAAAAGAAGGCAUGGUAGCUAAUGUGUAUGGAGUUGUGGCAUUCUUCAAACCUCCGUAUCGCAGUAAAGGAACUGAUUUUUGCUCUAUUGUCACCAUCGUUGAUCAAUCAAAUGUCAAACUGAAAUGUACAUUUUUCAAUGGAAAUCCAGAUGCACUCCCAAAAAUCUAUAAAAUUGGUGAUAUUGUGCGGUUUCACAGAUUAAAGGUUCAAAAGUUCAAUAGUGAUUUUCAAGGCAUUAGCAGUAGUGGAUUCUCAGCCUUAGUGUUUGAUGGCGCAAUUGAUGCUCCAUUGUUACCAAGAACUUCUAGUAUAUCUUACAGCUUUACUGCAGAAGAUCAGAAAACCGUAGAAUCCUUGCGAGAUUGGCAAAUGGGGCAACAGAACUUCUCUGAGACUAGACUGAAGCUGUCAGAUAUUCAGCAGGGGCAGUAUUUUAACUUAAUCUGCCAGCUUGUUGGGAAAGCAGAGGUUGAUAACGCAUCCUAUUUGCUUAAGGUAUGGGAUGGUACUACAUGUGCUUCCAUAACUUGGAAAGUUUUGGUAGAGGAUGAUGCCCUUGAAGGAGACAGGACUGCUAUCAGUCGCCUACAGAACAUUACCAUAGAUAUUCUGGUGUAUGAUAACCAUGUGGAAAUGGCAAAAUCUCUCAAGGUAGGAAGCUGCAUUGCAAUUCAGAAUGUACAUGCAAAGCUACACAACAGUGCUAAUGACAAUGAAGCACCUGCUUCAUAUCUGGAAUUUCAUCUUCAUGGAGGAACGUGUUAUGGACGAGGCAUCACUGUACUUCCGGAUGAUAAUUAUGAUGUCCAAGAACUGAAAAAGGUUCUUGACACUGUGGAGCUACAAGAGAAUCAUCCUUUGGACUCUAUAUCUUCCUUGGAUUUGACUACGUCAUCAGAUUGUCCAUUAAGUCAAAAGUUGGCAGCCUUUGAUGCACCGGAGAUAUGCCAGCAGCUUUCUGUCACAGUCCUCCCAGCUCACCAACAGUGGCAGGCAACUCCUCUUACUACUGUGAUUAAAAGCAAGGCCCCACAGAAAUUUCGAAUCAGAGCAAGAUUGAAAAGUUUUCAACCCCAUCACCUCUAUCAGUCUGUUAAGCUUCAUUGCGCUAAAUGCAAUUCAUUGCUCGAUGUUCCAGAUGAAGAGGAGCUAAACAAUAUUUUUCAAAAAACCUUUAAUGAUGAUCCAAUCACAAGCGCCCAAAAUACUUUCUGGUAUCAGUCGGCAACAUGGAAGACAGUAUGUCAAGGAAACAGGACUGUAGCUAUUCAUUUUGUUAAAAAACAUGACGUUCUUCAAAGUCCAGAAGACUCACUAAUAUUGUUAGAAGGUGUAACUUUCAAAGAAAUUUGUAAACUUUCAAGACAUUUUAACAGUAUUAUCCUUGUGAAAUCUAAUCACGAACAUCUAGAAAUAGAUCUCUCAACUCCAUUUCUUAUUCAAGGCAACAGAUGGCACUAUGGGUGCAGCAAAUGUUCCAAUCUUAAGUCUUUAGAGGCACUCACCUCCUUAUCCCAGGAAGUGGACUGGAAUGCAAAAGAAAUAGCCAAAGCAUUGGGCAUUGAACCCUUAAUGCAUCUCUUUGUUAUGCAUUUUAUUCUGCAAGAUGAAACUGGGUCACUUAAUGCUUAUUUGUGGAAGCAUUCUGAGCAAUUCUUUCAGAUUUCUGCUUCUGAGAUACUUAUGGAUAGUGAGUUACAAGAAAGACUUCAUAACCUCAUGAAUACGUUGUGCCCCCCAGCAAAACAACUUAGUGUAUUCCCUUGGAUGGAUUGCUGCAUCAGAUCAUACCAUUCUAAUGAUGGAAGAAAAGAACAAGUUUGUUAUGAGAUUUUUGACACACUAGUUUCUGAAAGCAAUUCAUAAUGACAAAAGAACCAAUGUCUGUAAAAAGGAAUUUGUAUUAAAUAUAAUUGUGUUAUAUUUGCA